AUUUAAAUAUAUAUGCUAUGACAUUUCUCGUAUGUUUACACAAAGCAAUGUAACCUACGACCUGUCAGUUCAUAUUAAUUCAUAUUAUCAUGCCAAAAGUUAAAGAACGCGACGAGCAAGAAGCUUUAAAAUUGGACGAACAUUAUAAACGAACUUUGAUGAAUAUUAGACCAUAUAUAUCGAAUUUAAAAUCUUUGGAAGAGGCACAUUUGUGUAAGAUUUGGUUCGACAAGCUGAAUGCUACUAUUUCGCAGCGUAAUUUAAGGAAUGAAUAUUUGUUAGAGCUUUCGCGACAGUUAAAAGCAGGCACGCUCGAAGGAAUAUUCAAGACUCAACCACCUGAUGACUUGUUAAUGCCGUUAUCAUCCCGUCAUGCGGUUUGCAUUAGUUCAUCUUUGAGUAGCGAGUUGUCUGACCAUAACAGAAACUGUUAUAAUUACUUAAUGCUAAACAGGAAAUUAAGCCAAAGAAAUUAUCCGAAAAACGGAAUGAGAUUUUAUGCUUCUGAUUCGACAACUUAUGCGACUUCGCCAGCAUAUUAUCAUAAUGGAAAUACCAUAGAAAGGAAUCAUCUAAAGCUUUGUAAACACCGUAUCGAUAUGUUAACUGUCGCACUCGAGAAUUUUCAGAUUCAGAAUGAACAAUUAAAGCAAGAAUUAAAGAAAUAUCGAGGAAAUACGGUGAGCAACGAAGUAUUUCAACUACGAAAUCAUAUUGAACAGUUAACAGACCAGGAACAAAGCCGAAACCUUAUGUGGAAAGUUAGAUCGCUUAAGAAAACGAUUUCAAAGUUGAGAAAAUUGAACAAAACCAUAGAGAACGUUUACGAAAAAAAGUUACAACGUGUCGUCAAAGUACCGAACAAUAUUUUCCUAUAAGGCAUUA